AUGAACAUUUUUAACGAAACGGACUUGGAAAAUCCAGCAAUGAUCUUUGAUGAAGUUGAUUAUCAGCAGCAUGAUAAAAUCACAACUGCUACAUCAUUACUCACAUUGUCUUUGGAAGACUUGUAUCCUGAAUUGAAGAACUUGCCCUUAGAUAAUAGAGAUUAUCAAGCAGUCCAUGCGCCUCUUUCGCCAAUGGAUCACGCUUCAACGCCUUCUUUUCCUAUAUCUUCAACUGUUCGUAAAGCGCCGACGAUUUCUUUAGUGAAUUGGAAAGAAACUGCAGCAAAGGAUCCUAGCCGGGAAGAGAUUGAAGAGGAGGACGCUUAUUCAAUUUCCUUAUCGUCUGAAUAUAGCAAUGUCAAUAAAGAGAAGAGUAACCUUCAAAUCCAAAUUCUCGGUGUACCAAAUGCAGGUGCGAAAUCUCGCGUCGAGACCCAGAUUAAAAUUUGCUUGCGGCUUUUGGCAAUAUCAGCAACGAAUGGCGACGAAAUUAAAGUAAAUAAUUGGUCAUACAUACACCUUAACGAAAACAUACUGGCCAGGUCAAGAUUACGUAAAGCUUCACAACAUCAGCAGCAGCAGCAGAUUGGAUCCUUUGCAACUACUAUGGUAUCUGAUGAGUCAAAAAUUCUGCAGUUAGAUGCCAAAGUUGUCUGCUCGACCAAUGUCAAUCAGCCUAUUCGAAUGUGUGCUGGUUGUGUACGACGUGAGAAAAAGAGAGCAGAACGAACUAAAGAUAGCAAGAAUAAAAAGAUGAAAGAGCUAUCUUUCGAAGAAACAGAAGCUGAACGAAAUCGAAUCGUCAUCUUUAAUUGUAAUCCUCUAUUGAAUUUUUCUUCUGGAGACGUUGUCUUACCAACACGUAUUACUUGCUACUGCCGUCAUCAUAACGAAAAAAUUGGCUUUAGAAUUCGGUUUGCGUUGAAGAACCAUCAAGGAGAAAUCGUCGCUACCGGUAUAUCGCCUCCUAUAAUGGUAACAGAUGACCACAAGAAUUCAAAACAGAGAAAACGAAAGCGUUCUAUGGAAUAUCAAAGCAUCGCGACAAGUAGUGGUUCGAACACGGACACACCUGAUUCCUCUCGGCGCAGCUCUCUUGUCGUAGAGGGUGCUAUUGAUAGCUGCUUUCUGAAUGACCCCACUCCUUUUCAAACACCACCUAGCACGGCAACAGAUGAAGGCGAAGAAAUUGAAGCUUUGACACCGAAAAGCCUAGAAUUUCUGCAAACAAGCUUGAAUUCUUUCCACUUACUGAACGAUGACGAACAAACCAGCCGGUUUUUCUCAAAGCUCGGCCAUAGCAGCCUUUCUCAGCUAACACAACCACUACAAGUUUUGACCCCGACAGAAGAGACUCUGACAGAAGUUCAACUAAUCGAGGAACAAAAAGUGGACGUAUGGUUUUCUAAUCGUCGUCAAAAGACAAACAUUCAUGAUCAUAUAAGCCCUUUAGCUGUAACAAGCGUUAGCAUUGAUAACUGUGAAAAAAACAGCCAUGAUACCCUUCUUGAAGGAGCAGUUUCUUCCUCCUCUUCAUCAUCAUCAUCAUCAUCAUCGUCAUCGUCAUCUUCUUCUUCUUCCUUCGUGCAUAUCAACAACCUUAAACAGACAACGUCGCAAGACAUCAUGCAUUCCACGCAUCCAAAUGAUACUUCAAUUCAGUUACCCCGCAUAGAAAAGAUUGUUCCGGGCCGUGGCCCCACUUAUGGGGGCAUUGAAGUAACUCUUUUAGGCUCUGGUUUCUACCAAGGGCUAACAUGUUUGUUCGGAGAAUAUCAUGCGACCACUGUUUACUGGACCACAAACACCAUCGUGUGCAUUUUGCCCCCAGCUUCUCAGACCGGUCCCGUCAUCGUUUCCUUUAAAGAACAUCCAUUCAUAGUGGAAGGAGGACAGGAUGUCGCCAUUUUCACUUACUAUGAUGCUACUGACCAAGCAUUAUUAGAAUUGGCUUUGCAGGUAGUAGGUUUGAAAGCAACAGGCAAAUUGCAAAAUGCGAAACAAGUGGCCAUGGAUAUCGUCAGCGGCGGAACAAGUACUGGUAUGCGUGGUAUGGAAACUGGUAAUAAUGGUGGUAGUUGCGUUUAUAAUCAUUGCCAGCAACGACUCUCAAAGAAUCGCUGCUUUACAAACUUGCAAAAAAGCUUUGGGGUGACCGUAUUAUACUUUGCCUAUUCAGUCAUCUAUGCAAAGUUGAUUCAACUCUUGUUUGACAAUGCAGGCUUUGAUCCUUACGUCAAUUGCAGCAGACAUUGUAGAAGAAAUUUCAAAACAAUAUUGAAAAGCAAGAAUGGAGUUAGAAGUACCAUACUACAUCCUUAA